AUGUCGCCCAUCCUACGCUUCCCCAAACCGCAAUCCUUCCUCCACAUAGUCUCCCUCCGCACCAUCACCGAGCUCGUCACCCUCAUCCUCCUCUUCAACAAGGUCUCCGGCCUCUACGGCAUCCUCGCCCUCUUCACCGGCUACGAGCUGAACCCGCUACAACUCUCCCACUACAUCUACUCCCUCUUCGUCCUCGGUGCGGUCACAUGGCUGUACCCUAGCAUACGAAAGCCCGAGGAGCCGCUCAAGAAUGUCGCGCUGGCGUGGAUAUACGUGCUGGACACCGUCAUCAACAGCGCGUACACUGCGCUUUUCGGCGCCGGGUGGUUCUUAGUGCUGGCGCGGGAGCUGAAUCAGCCGGUAUCGUUUGAAGGCGACGUGGGCAGUGUGCCUGGAUCCGGAACGAUUGACGACACGGCUGGCUUCACAAACCCACAACACAACGUUACGAAGGUGGAGAUUUCGGCAGAGCCAGCGCCUGGUAUGCUUAGUGGACAGAAGGCGAUCGCAUACGGAUCGCAGUACGGUUCUCUUGGCUCCGCGGUCUUCCAGUCCGGAAGUAUGGCUUCUUUGACUGUGCUAGGUCUGCUCUGGAUCGUGCGAACAUACUUCUGCAUUCUGGUGAUGAGCUACGCCCGGAGCAUGCUACGCAAGUACGUGGCGUCAACUUCGACAGAAUACAGUCAUGCAGAGGACCCGGCACUUGCCGAGAACCCGUUCCGCAUCGAACGCGAAGAGGGCGCUGGGUGGAGAGGCAAGCUUGGACGAUUCAUGCUCAAGUUCCCAACGAAACGGUACUGGCUGGGUAAAGAUGAAUCAGAGGACGAAUGGGUGCGGGCUACCUCUGGCAAGUUCGAGAGCGGAAGGGGCACGGGGCUGAGGAUCAAGGUUCCCGAGCACGGAGUAGGUGAGAGGGAGCGGAGGGCGAGGAGUGGGACGGGGCCGCCACUGCCUGUAGCUCUGAAGGGAAAGGAAUGA